AUGCAAACAGAGGUAUCUGCACAAGCAGCAACAGCAGCAGCAAGAGUAGUAGCAGCAGCAGCGGUUGCAGCAGCAGCCACACCAGCAGCAGCAGCAGUUGCAGAAAAGCAGCAAGAGCAUCAGCAGCAUCGGCAAAAACAGCAACAUCAGCAAGAACAGCAGCAGCAACAGCAAGAACAGCAGCAGCAGCAAGAGCACAAGGAGCAGCUACAGCAGCAGCAGCACGAGCAUCAGCAGCAUCAGCAAGAGCAGCAUCAGCAGCAUCAGCAAGAGCAGCAGCAGCAGCAGCAGCAAGAGCACAAGCAGCAGCGAGAGCACAAGCAGCAGCAGGAGGAGCAGGAGGAGGAUAUGCUGACAAGCAGCAGCAGCAGCAGCAGCAGCAGCAGCAACAGCAGCAGCAAAGGCAGCAGCAGCAGCAGCAGCAAAGGCAGCAAAGGCAGAGGCGGGGGAGGCAAUGAGGGCACAGAGGAUGGGCUAAUAAAAAUAGAGACAGCAACAGGAAUAGCAGCAACAGGAAUGGCAGCAGCAGGAAUAGCAGCAGCAGCAACAGCAGCAGCAACAAUAGCAGCAAUAGCAUCAGCAGCAACAACAGCAGUAGCAGCAGAAACAGCAGCAGCAACAACAGCAGAAGCAGCAACAACAGCAGAAGCCACAACAACAGCAGCAACAACAGCAGCAGCAACAACAGCAGCAGCAACAACAGCAGCAGCAGCAACAAUUGCAGCAGCAGCAGCAGCAGCACUGACAGGAUCAAAGACAGCAAAUGCUUGUAGAAUUCUUCUGAGUGCAUGCUGCCCUUCUUCUCUGAAGAAAGCAAUAGACGGGAAUGUGCGGUGUAUAUCCAGCUCAAUUGCAUUAUAA